UAUAUUUAGAUGCUUGUCUCGGGCAGACAAACAAACACAGAAACACACGCGUACUUUGCAGCGUACACACGUGUGCGAAAUGCAUCUGGUAUCGGUGUUGGUCGAGGAUGGGAAGAUUUUCGGCAUUGUUUUCGCGGAAAAAGUUAACCUCCGCCAAAACGCGCCUACUCGUGGAUCAGCUUAAAACGUCCUGUGGAGUAUUUUUGGACCCAACGAUUCGCUCGCCCAACAUCCAAGAAGCGAGAGCGUUGAAGAUCCUACGGCAAAUCGUCACCCGGUCUCAGCGCCACAUCGUCCAGUACAUACCAGAACGGGAUGCCAUUCUCGAGUGCUCGCUCAUUUUGGUGCAGAACUAUGUGGCCCAUCUGCGGUUACGACCGAGCCCGUUGAAACGGUUCCGCCAGGAGCCAUUUGCUGACGCGAAGGUGCUCUUCCAGGCGGCCAUCGAUCUGCUCGUGCCGGAGAUGCUGGACGAGGUGAUCGACACGACGCUGAAGUUUCUGCAGACGGAAAACCUCUGGCAGGUGGAGUUUAUCUGCGUAGAGAUAUUGAUGUUCGUGCUCGAGUGUCGUUCGCCAUCGGCCCCGCUGCUGUCGAAGCUGAUCGAUCGGAUCGAACGCUUCCUGGCGCUCUCGGACAUCGGCCAGGUACGGCACAUGCUGUCCGUGCUGCAGAUCGUGAUCGUGUCGCAACGCUGGGAUCUGAUGGAAUACUCCGAGCUGGCCAAGCUGGUGCGCUUCUACCACAGCAGCGUCAUGAUCGGUACCAGCCGCAACCAGAUCUACGAGCUACGGCGUGGUUUCGAGAAGUGUUUGAAGAACCUCAUACCCCGCCUCUCCAUUGGCGAUUUGUACUCAUUCUUCGUCAUGAUGCUGCCGCUCGUCUUCGACACCGACAUGUCAGACGAGGCUCGGAUCGAGUUCGGUUCCACGGUGGAGCAUGCUGCCUCCACGAUGACUGUGUACGACCCGCGCAAUCGAAUGCAUACGGCCCAGGUGAGCACGUUCAUCGUGGAGUACCUGCUACGGUGCAUCGCUUCCGAAGACCCGACACGCUCCAUUCUGGCCUGCAAGGUGCUGACGAAGCUGCUCGAACGGGGACAGCACAACCCGAACCAGUUCCAGUCGCCCACCAUUUUUCACAUGGAUACGUACUACGAAAUUGUGCUGGCGACCGAUUUCGCCCCGCUGCAGGAGCUGCUCGUCGAGCAACGCGUCCAUCUGGAGCAAGCCCUGCUACAGGCGAUAGAGCGCCACAGCCAACGGAAGAUGAACGUGGAGGUGUUCUACCAGUUGCUCUGCACGCUGCUCGUCGAGGCACCGAGUGGAUUCACUGCGUCCGCUAUCAGCUGUUUGCUGCUGAAGGUUCAGAAAAUGUUUCUCAACUAUCCUACCGAUCCCGAUUCGUCGAUGCUCGCUGAUCAGCAGCAGCAACAGCACAACAAUCGAAUUCACGCCACGAUAAUGGCGGUGAUGACACUGAUCAAUUGGAUCCAUCGGUCGGGAUCGAUGAACGCGUACAUUACGCAGGUCCUACACAAUCGUUUCGACCACGCUCCAAGUCUUAAUCCGCCGCUACGGGAGCGCUAUCGAUACGCGCCGCACCACGUGUCCUGGUACGAGCGUAGGCUCUUCUUUGACUCGCUCGAGAUUCGGUACUGUCUGUGGAAGUGUUUCCGCAUCUCGGAGGAGAAAAUACCGAAGCCGGCUCGGAUGCGCACUCGGUCGUACAAUGAUCCACGACGACGGCUGGACGGUGGAACACUGAAUGUGUUUGCUGGCAUGUGAAGAAUGUAAUGUUUGUGACAAAAUCAUGUACAAAAAAUAGCAAAUUCACUGUUACAAAUUCCUAUACAAAUAUGUUUACAUACCUUACCUUAAUACACAUUUAUCUAUGAAACAGA